AUGCCCCCCAGCUAUUCGUUAUCAAAGAGACAAACUGUCAGUCCCUAUUAUGGCGAUGACGGCUGGUGGUACUACAGUGAGACGGCCUUCAUCAUCAAAUGGGUCAUUACUGCCCUGAUUGUCGUUGGCCUUCUCGCAUUCUUCGCUGGAGGAUACUGGCAUGUUCAGAGAAGGUUGAAGAAGAACCUGGCUCCAAAGCGAUAUCACAAGUGGAUGGUUGGACGUCGACAACGAGCCCUCUACCCACACCUCUUUCCCACAAAUCGACGAGUUUACUACCACCAAGCACCAUAUGGUCAUUCCCCAGCCAUGCCAAUGCAUAGCUAUGGUCCAGCACCACCUGCAUACGGCGAGCAUGACUACGUCCCUCCAUAUGCCCCUCCACAGGGAGCCUCAAAGGUCAAUCCGGACCAGAACUUCGAGCAGGUACCACUGUCAGGCCCUUCACAGCCGACUGCUAGUGCCGCCACGUAUCGGUAG